AUGGGCGGCGGACCUCUUACUCCUUCAGCAAAGGUCGUCUCGAAUGAGCCUCUCACCCUCCGUCGGGCAACAAUAGACGAUCUGGACGACAUAACCUGGAUCGUUACAAACAGUCUCCCCGAUGAUCCGGGUACGGACUACAGGUUUCCCUACCGCGAUAAGCAUCCCGAGGAUUUCUGGGAAUGGACCAAAGAAGAAUACGCAGAGUACUUUGAGCGGCCAGACAAGUUUUAUGUGAUGAUAGUCACAGCGCCCGUGGAGGAUAAUGGGGAACUUUUUCAACAGCCUGUAGCAGUUGGAGUCUGGGAUCUUAUCGUCACCAGUGACUUUGCUCCCAGUGAGGACAAGUUCCUCUCUGGGCCCUAUACACCCAUCCCGAUUUUCGACGCCGCGGUGCAGGAACUAUGA